AUGAAGAAAAAGAAUGCGCCAGCCUUUAAUUUCUCUGGCAUUCACUUGGUGCACAAUCCCCAGGGAAUGGCCGAAGGCCUCUUCAAGCAGUUGCAGGCCACAAACGAGCGAUUCGAAGUGAAGUUGACGCACCUCGAUCGCCAGGUGACCCGCGUGCUCCAGUUUGCCGCCCAGGCGUCGCAUGAGCUGGUUCCGGGCGACAUCAUUGAGCCCAUCCUGAAGACAAUAGCCAACAAUUUCAUUACAGAGCGCAACUCCAGUGAUGUCAUGGCCAUCGGCUUGAAUGCCACGCGCGAGAUUUGCAUGCGUUGCCCCCUGGCCAUGGGCGAGGAUCUGCUGCAGGACCUGGCCAUGUACAAGACGUACAAGGAGAAAUCUGUGAUGAUGGCGGCUCGUUCGCUAAUCACACGCUACCGCGAACAGUUGCCGGCUCUGCUACAUAAAAAGGAUCGAGGACGGCAGACAGAGGCACAGGCGGAGCGGAAGGUUCGCGCCUAUGGAGAGCGCGAGGUUGAUGACACUGUUCUCGGCGCCGAGGCGCUCCUCAAGGACUCCAAGACCAUUGACAUUGAGAGCGAUGAAGAUAGCGACUCCAAUGAUGGUCAGUGGAAAAAGGAGAAGAAAGAUCUGAAAAUUCUCAACCAAAAGGAGGCUGCCCAAGAACUGGCGCUGACACGCAUCUUCACGGACGAAGAUUUCAAGCGAAUCAAUGCUGCCAAUCUGAAAAAGACCGUCACGAAUUCUCGCAAACGUCCGCUAGAGCAGGAUCGGGCCGAAUUCGUUAAGCUGAACAGCAUCGAGAUGAUCUUCAAGAAGCGCAAGCACGACAAGGAGUCGCGAAUGGAAACUGUGCAGGCAGGCCGACAGGAUCGCGAACGGUUCGGCUGGAAGGAUGGACGUGUCAACGAACACUGCUCCAAAACGAACAGCGAGAACCGCAAGACCAAGAACUUUGGCAUGAUGCGGCACAAGGCGCGCUCCAAGGUGAAGAAGAGUUUCCGGGACAAGCAGCUGUCCCUACGGAAGCAUCUGCUGCACCAGAAGAAAAUGAAAUAA